GUUUUCUCCUCAACUCAUUCACCGCGUUCACUCACCUUUACUUUGAUCGCUCAGUGACUUGCAAGCAACGAUUACGUCGGACAACAGCUAUCCACGGUAGUGUGUCGUCACUGCUUUCGCCAAUCACUUACUUCUACUCCACUGUACCAGAGUCCAUACGUACCGAAAGUUCAAGAUGGGUGCUUGGGGAUACUGCCUGUUCCAGUCGGACCACGACUUCGACAUGGUCAGCGAUCUAAGCCACGAAGCAGGACUCACCAAACUCGAAAAAGACGCCCGGGUCAGUGCCAAAGCCGCAGGAAAGAGUGAUGAAGAUAUAGAGCGCGAUAUCUUCUACAGCAUCUACGCCAACCUUUGUUCAGAUCCUGAGUUGGUCCGCAGGCACCUUGACCCCGGUAUCCUCGUUGACAUGAUCGCCAAGAAGGAGACGAAGAUGCUGACCCCUCGCACCACUGGAUUAAAGGAAAAGUUGUUCGGAGACUGGUCGACAGAUCCUUGCUACGAGUACAUCCUGCUCGGUGCUUGCGCUAUGACGCUCGGAUGCCAACUUCCUGCCACUUACCUGGCGAUGCUCAAGAAGGUCUACACUGAAGGUGGAGUCAUGCCCGACGGACAGCGGCAAAUGAAGAAAGCUCUCUUUGGUCCAGGUGGCUACAAGAACGGAGAGCCGUAUGACUUCAAGUCCAAGACCAUCCUUGAGGAGGCAAACUCUAAACCCGCAAAGGAGCCCGAGGACAACGGACGAGGUUUCAUGCUUAUGAAUUUGAAUAAGCCAAAUGAGUGUGGUGGCUGUGGUGUAGCAUCUAGACCGAAAGGCGAGGCCCUGCUCGCAUGUGGCAAGUGCAAGAACCGCAAGUACUGCUCAACUUCGUGCCAGAAGAAGCACUGGAAGAUCCACAAGAAGGUCUGUGAGUCCGCCAAGGUUUCUCUAUAAGCCAGUGGUUUGCGCAUGUACGUGGAGCCCGACGACGUGUGAAAGAUGGAAGCAGGUCGGAGCUCCAGCUGUGAUACCACACUGUGAGGGUGGAUGGAGUAAGACAUAGGGAUCUGAACGUGAGUUAUUGGGAUUCCAGCCCGUUAUGUCAUUA